AUGGGAGAGUACUCGAAAGCACUUUCAUUUUACGAACAAGCACUUAGUAUUCAACAAAAGACUGUUCCUUCAAAUCAACCUGAUUUGACUACUUCAUACAACAACAUUGGGUUGGCGUAUUGCAAUACGCGGGAGUACUCGAAAGCUCUUUUAUUUUACGAAAAAGCACUUGAAAUUCUACAAAAAACUGUUCCUUCAAAUCAUCCUUUGUUGGCUACUUCAUACAACAAUACCGGUGGUGUGUAUUAUAAUAUGAAAGACUAUUCGAAAGCACAAUCAUAUUAUGAACGCGCUCUGGACAUAUGGCAACGUGUAUUACCUCCAACUCAUCCUCAUAUAAAAAUUGCGAAAGAUAGUAUCGAAAUUAUAAAAAAGAAAUUAUAA